UGACGAAUCGGCGCCCGACUGAGAAAGUAUCCGAAUCCAAGGAGCUUUGUGGAACGUACGGGGUCUGAAAAAAAAAUCCUUGGCCGUACUAGGCGUCGCCGCGUCCUCGGGAGCGGCUUUAGUUUUUUUCCGAAGACGGUCGGUGGGGCCUGAGAAGAAAUUGAGGAAAAGUGUGGAAAGUGCGAGCGCGGAAGCUCCGGACGCGAGGGGCGGGGCGUGCGCGGGACAAAGGGAAGCGAAGCCGGAGCUGCGGGCGCUUUUUCUGCCCGCGGUGUCUCAGAUUCAUUCUUAAGGAACUGAGAACUUAAUCUUCCAAAAUGUCAAAAAGACCAUCUUAUGCCCCACCUCCCACCCCAGCUCCUGCAACACAAAUGCCCAGCACACCAGGGUUUGUGGGAUACAAUCCAUACAGUCAUCUCGCCUACAACAACUACAGGCUGGGAGGGAACCCGGGCACCAACAGCCGGGUCACGGCAUCCUCUGGCAUUACGAUUCCAAAGCCCCCAAAGCCACCAGAUAAGCCGCUGAUGCCCUACAUGAGGUACAGCCGAAAGGUCUGGGACCAAGUAAAGGCUUCCAACCCUGACCUGAAGUUGUGGGAGAUUGGAAAGAUUAUUGGUGGCAUGUGGCGAGAUCUCACUGAUGAAGAGAAACAAGAAUAUUUAAACGAAUACGAGGCAGAAAAGAUAGAGUACAAUGAAUCCAUGAAGGCCUAUCACAACUCCCCCGCGUACCUGGCUUACAUCAAUGCGAAGAGCCGUGCAGAAGCUGCCUUAGAAGAGGAGAGUCGGCAGAGACAGUCGCGCAUGGAGAAGGGGGAGCCUUACAUGAGCAUCCAGCCUGCGGAAGACCCAGACGAUUAUGAUGAUGGCUUUUCAAUGAAGCACACAGCCACCGCCCGGUUCCAGAGAAACCACCGCCUCAUCAGUGAGAUCCUUAGUGAGAGUGUGGUGCCCGACGUCCGGUCAGUGGUCACGACAGCUAGGAUGCAGGUCCUUAAACGACAGGUCCAGUCCUUAAUGGUCCAUCAGCGAAAACUAGAAGCUGAGCUUCUUCAAAUAGAGGAGCGACACCAGGAAAAGAAGAGGAAGUUCCUGGAGAGCACAGAUUCUUUCAACAACGAACUGAAAAGGUUGUGCGGUUUGAAGGUGGAAGUGGAUAUGGAGAAGAUCGCAGCUGAAAUCGCGCAGGCGGAGGAGCAGGCCCGCAAAAGGCAGGAGGAGAGGGAGAAGGAGGCAGCGGAGCAAGCAGAGCGCGCCCAGGGCAGCGGCAUUCCUGAGGAGGAGCACGCGGCCAGCAAAGCCGAGGACAAGAAGGACGACGAGAGCAUUCCGAUGGAGACGGAGGAGACGCACCUGGAAGAAACGACAGAGAGCCAGCAGAAUGGCGAAGAAGGCACGUCCACUCCCGAGGACAAGGAGAGUGGGCAGGAGGGGGUCGACAGUCUGGCCGAGGAAGGAACCAGUGACAGUAACACCGGCUCGGAGAGCAACAGUGCCACGGUGGAGGAGCCGCCAACAGAUCCCAUACCGGAAGAUGAGAAAAAAGAAUAGAUGUUGCCUUGUUUUAUGUGUUCUAAAUACUUUUUUAAAUGAAAAAAAAAAUGUUUUUUGGUUUUAAUGGUGUUAUGUGGUUUGUGUAUUUUUUUUCCGUGUCCAUAUCACAGCACCAAAGGCUUUUUGGACCAUUUAGCAUCACGAGCCUAACGGCAGUCACCUUUCCUAGACGUGAACAUGGCUCUUUUCUUUGGAUCUUGUUUCUAGCCCUCAACUACGGAAAGCCUCAGAAUUUAGAUUAACUGAGAAAGCUUUCACCUCCUUUAGAAAAUCAUCCUUUGAUGCUGCAGAAUCUACUCUACAAAUGCCUUCCUACAGUCACUUGGGUGCUUCCCUAAGCCAUAGCUUUAACCCUCUCGGUCCUGGCAGCAGCCGCCAGAAAGCCCCGUCGCUCGUGUACUUGUGCAGAGAGUAGCUUCUCGAUGCGAUCAUGGGUCAGUGUGUAUUUGUUCUCACCCUUUUUCUAUUUAAUCAACGUCCGAUUCCAGGUGUGUGUGAAGGAGUGGCGUGUAGCCUGCAGCUGACUACAUGUGGAUCGUGUUGAUCCCGGGAAGCUCCCAGGGUUAGAGUAGCUCCCAGCUCCUGAAAAAGUUGUCGCAGUGGACACAGCACACACGCUAUCUCUACUACUUUUUUUAUAUAAUUGAUAUUGGGUAUGUUCUGGUAAAUUUAUCCUUAUUGUAUAGGGGGAAAAUUACCUUUUUUUUUUUUUUUUUUUUUUUUUUACCAGGUUUUCCAAA